AGACGUCUAUCAGCGUGGAAGAUAUGUGUCGCCAGUUACGAGAUCAGAAGGAAGAGUGUCGGAAACUUAAGGGAAAGUAAGAAUUCCAAGCUCACUGGACUCAUUUUUACUCUUAAAGAGCCUAAGUCUGUACAAGGAUAUUUCUGUUUUAGGUCAAUUCUGUGCUGAAGCUAUUACUUAGAACCUUUACCCCAAACACAAAAGAAGAAGAUAUCAAGCAGAUUUUAUGGGCUUUUGUCACAUGGCGGCCAUAUCAAUUUCGGUUUUCUGGGCUUUUCCGUCUGCUCUCAGGCAAAAGCCGUUUUGGGUUAUGAAUCGUCUUUAAAGUGCUGUACUCGAUUGUCGAAAAUGAUGAGAAGCUUCCGCUAACAGUUUUGCUUUGCCGUCAUUAUUUUUGCCAAUGGAGUGCUCGUGUGAGCUGUACGUUCGAGAAGAUUAAAAAUGUAAUCAUCUAAUUCCAGUCCUAGCAUUAUUUAACCCUAAAACAGGAAAAAAAAGAAAAGGUAAAUAGUUUGAUGUAGAGGCUCAAACACAGGGCGCAGAGGAGUUAUUUGUGACCUCGAUUGCAGCUUUAAAAUGUUACAGUUGAUAGCGCGAUUCUUCUUUGUUUACCGCAGAAUCCAAUGUGAGCUUGACCUAUCAAACUGUCAUGCGAUUAGCUGCUGUUAUUCGUUCACAGUCAUUAGCUUCAGCGGUUUUCCGGAGCAUGGCAUAAUAUUUUAUCAGGUUUAUAACACCGAAUGACGGUUUGCUCGAUUCAACAGUAUAAAAACAAAGGCGAUACCAGGGAUUCAACUGCAACCUCGAUUCGUCAAAGAAUAAGUCUGGUUUUGAUCUCAAUAGAACACAACGGUAGAUUUUAAGUGUCUUCAUAGCAAAAAACAGUAGAUUUUUUCAGAUCAGUUACUUAUAAUGAUAAUAAUAAUGGUAAUUGAAGUACUUCUAUAGCGCUAUUUACAUAGAAAUGAUCAGUAGCGCUUUACAAUAAUUCACUUAAAAAUCUAUUCUAAAAUGAUAUAACUGUACAAUGUAAAAUGUGAAAUGUAAAAUACAACUGACUGAAAAUUAAUUAAUUAAUAAAUCAAAGAAAUAAAGAUAUAGUAUAGUACAAUAAAAUCAGAUCAAAUUAGCUAAAAAAGGUCCAGAUGAAAUCGAAUUUCUAGUCUAACCUAUCCGAAAAAGGUACGUUUACGUUUAAAAAUAGUUAAUGAUUGAAAUUCGCGCAAUUCAGCAGGCUAACUAUUCCACAAACAUGGCGCAGCAGCGUAGAAUGAUCUGUCACCAAGCGUAGAAAGCAUUUUCUCUUUAAGCGGCUCAAGUAAAAGACUAGUAUUUGAUAUAAGAUUGUAAGAGGACUUCGAUCUAACACUAAUUAAAUCACUGAUAUAUGGUGUUGCAAGUCCGUGAAUUGCCUUGAAAACUAAAAUUAAUAUCUUAAAAUGAAUACGAGCGUGAACUGGCAGCCAGUGAAGAUCUUGAAGUGCGGGUAUAAUAUGAGAAUACUCGCUGAUGUUCAUAGCGAGUUCUGAAUACGUUUCAAUUUGACAAUCUGUGACUUAGGUUAACCAUACAAAAAAACUGUUACAGUUCUUCAUUAAGCUGGGAAAACUAUGUAAAUCAAUAAUUUUGGUUGUUUUUUUUUUGUCGAUGGAAGACUAGUUUUGAAAGUAAAACAAAUUUCAUUAAUUUUUUUUCUCUUCAUUGUGUGUAGGAUUGCAGAAAUGGAGGAGACGCAUCAGGAAGUUGUGUUAAAGUUACGAGAGGACAUGAAGAGAGAGGAAGAAAAACACAUUUCCCGCGCAGUGGCUCAAGUGAGAUCUGAGGAAGAAGAAAAACAGCAUGAGAUGAUGCAUGAAUUUAAACAAAAAGAGCGAGAGCGGAUACAAGCAGCAGUGGAUGCGGAGAGAAAGAUCAUGGAGUCACAACAUGGUAGCGUUACCCAAUUACAACAGGUACUGAACAAAUGCUUAAAGGCCUUUUUCAAAAAUGCGAUAAUACUGUUUCGUUGUCCCUCCAAAGUUUUGCAUAAGCAUUGUUUUCAAUUUCUCUUGUGACUUAUAAUCGCCCCAAGAGAAAUUGAAGGAAUGCUUAAGUAAAAGUUUAGAGCGACAACAACCAGAAAUAUGAUAUUCUUGAAACAGGCCUAUUUUUGGAGAUGUCAGUCACUGGAAAUAAGCCAUCAAAUUUAAAACAACAGUGGGAGCUGCCAACAAGUUAAAUAAACAGUAAAAUGACCGCUAUUUAGGGACGAGGGACGGUUUCACCACUGUAAACCCCGGGACCCUCCCCCUCCGUAUAUUUAUAGCCAAGAGGGCUGCCUAUAACGUAGACCACGAGCGAUCGGCCCGUUGAAAGCGUUUCCCCGCGAAUACGUUGAGAAAGUUGGGAGGUUUGCUACGUAGGCUACUAAGAGCCGCGCACUGCGUGCGAAUACGAAAGACUUCUCGCAGGCCAGGGUUGGAUCGGCGGUAAACUGAGCUACUAAGUCUUCUAUGCAGGUACUUAAUGAACGACAGAAGGAGGUAGAGAAUCACAGAGUUGCCUUGGCAACAGCAAAGUCCCAGUACGAACAAGCUAAAGAUGGAUUACACAGAGCUAAGGAGACUGAGGUACGUUCUUCAAAGUUAGUCUUUCUGCACCUCUCGCACUUAUAUCCUCAUGCUGAAAUACCGUUUUUCGUUACUGUCUAAUAACCGCCGCCUAGUUAACUCAGUUAGGAGAGCGCCGGUCUGCUGAGCGGGAGUCGCGGGUUCAAACCCCGGCCGGACCAAAACUCAGGGUCUUCGAAAUAACUGAGGAGAAAGUGCUACCUUUGUAAUGACAUCUGCAAACGGUUAGUCUUUCUAGUCUUCUCGGAUAAGCACAAAAAACCGUUGCCUGUUUUUUGCCAAAAAAUGAACUUAAAUUUUCCUAUUACGGUUGCCUAUAACGAUUUCCGAUUUGUAAUUCAGCAAAGAGUGGAUUCUACAAUUGAAAACCAAAGAUCGGUCUGAAAGAUAGGUUUUUAUUGUAUGUGUUUAUUAGACGCGACAAGACGCUGUUAAAUAACGAAAUGACCGAACUUUCUCCUUAGGCGUACUUACGAAGUCAGCUUCAGGAACAAUCCGCAGCCUACAAAGAACAGCUGGCUCGUGUUGAACGUGAGAAAGAAUAA